AUGGGGGAGGUCACUGGGGACACUGAGGACAUUGAGGGAGACAUGGAGGGGCAUGGGGGGAUAUUGGGGCACUGGGGAUAUGGGGAAGAUGGAGAGGUUACAGGCCACGCAGAGGAGUGGGGACCCCUGAGGACACUGGGGACCCCUGUGGGACCCCUCGGUAGGGUCCUGUACCCCUUUGGACCAGGGGUGGGGGAUGAAGCCACACACCAUGAAGACGACGGGACGAGCCCUGAGAUCUUCCUGCAGGAAAACUUCUCCUUCUUUGGGCAUGCCUACCGCUCACUCUAUGUGAACAACAACGGUGUGGUGUCCUUCGGGACAAUGGUCCCGGAGUUCACGCCCCAGCCCUUCCCGCUGCCAGGCCACCACCCGUUUGUGGCGCCAUACUGGGCUGAUGUGGACACCCGUCUGGGAGGGAAUGUCUUCUACCGGCAGAGCCGCGAUGCCCAGCUGCUGGCACGCCUGGCCCAGGACCUGGCACCUGCUGUGCCACCUGGGGACCUGCCUCCACAGCCUACCUGGGCAUUUGUGGCCACCUGGGACCGUGUGGCCUAUUUUGGGGCUGCCUCAGACAAGGUGAACACCUUCCAGGCAGUGCUGGCCUCAGAUGGCGUCACCUGCUUUGUCCUGCUCAACUACAGAGACUUGCAGUGGACAACUGGCAUUGCUAACCAGGGGGAUCCCCACACUGGCCUAGGGGGCACCCCUGCACAGGCUGGGUUCAACAGCGGAGACGAUGUCCACUACUACAAUGUGCCAGGGUCACGCACGCCUGCAGUGCAGAGCCUCAGCCACCGCAGCAACCUGGGGGUCCCGGGGCGCUGGGCCUUCCGUGUUGACCACUUCGAGACCACUGAGGGUCCCCCCGAGACUCCUGGCACCCUGUCAAAGACACCUGAGGCCCCCUGGAAUCUGUUGCCACCCCACAAGACCCUCUCAGUAUCCCCCAAGCCCCCAAGGAUCACAGAGGAGCAGGUGUAUGUCUGUGGGUCAUGA